UGGCUGAAGUUUUGGAUCAAACCCCACAUGGCCGUGAUGGCUACCGCGGCUGGCCCGAUGAGGGCUUGGCGAGCCCGCGGGCCAAGGCUAAUGCUGCUGCUGCUGUCAGUGGCCCUGACACUUCAGUGGCGACCACAGCUCGCCAGCACCGGUGGUGAAGAAGGCGGGCAGCCCAUGGUGCCGGUCGCCAAGAGUGUCAUGGCCAAGGUGAGGGCCUUGCAAGCCCAGGCCAAGGACGGCGGAAGUGUGCCAAACCUGGCGGAGAAGGCUCAGCAGCUGGUUGCUGAGGCCAAGAGCUGCUCUCCAGUGCUGGCACAGGCGGUCUCCGCGGCCUUGGAGCCGCUCUUCCUGCGGCAGCUAAGGGACCUGAGAAGUCACGCUGCUAGCGAGACACAUAGCGAUCUUGAAGCAGCGGAGAAGACGCAGAGCGAAUUCUUGGAGGCAGCGCAACAGCUGAAGGGAUCGCAAGAGUGGCACAUGGAGCCGGAGGCUCAACGGCUCCGUGCACAGCUGGAUCAGCAGGUGGACACCGCUGCGGCUUUGGCUGAGGAGCGUGCGCGUGCGGCGCUGGUGCAGCGGUCCACCAUCGAGGUCAUUGGGCGGCUGCAGGAGCAGAUGGAAGAGCUUGCGGCCAAGGCGCAGGCCUAUCGCGAUGGCAGCAGCCCAUUUGUGUUGUCGACCUCCUACCGAAUCCCCAAGACGCCCUUGCAGUUUGUGAGUCGCUAUGAGCAGGGCAGGGCCAACAUCAUGCUCACACUCACGCCCGACAAGGACCCCACCAAGUCCGACGGCGGCUUCGCCUCCGCGGUGGGCCCGGCGAACAUCGGGAUCUCCUUCGAUGUGAUGUGACGCGAUCCGGUGAAAAGCACGAGGUCUCCAUGUCUGGUCUAAGUCUAAGUCUAAGCAAUAUAUGAUACAAUAUAUGUCCAUAUGAUGCUUGGAAAACAAACAAUAAGCAGUCGGUGCUCACGACAUAUGAUGAUGUUCUUCUUUGUUGCUGAUUUUGGAGUGAUGAUACUUCGAUUUCAAGAUGCUUCUGCUUGAAGUAUAGGGUCGUAUCUGGAAGAUGGCGGUGGGUCAAGAACUGAAUGCCUCACACUGAGCUGUUCAUUUUGCGCCAAGAAGGUGAGGUUUGCAACUCACAAGCAGAGCCCUAGGGCUGUUGGGCUGCAUCCCACUUCUUCAUCUUCAUGUGAGCGGAUUCAGUGUGCUCGUAGCGGUUGUUGAUCUGCGAGACCGUUUCACCGAGCAUGUCCGCGAUGGGAUGGGAUGCAGAAAA